AGGCUUGUAGCUGAUCCUAAUCUACAACAGUGUCCAGAUUUUUUAUCCGCAGUUUUUCAAGCUUGUCGCACCCCACUGCUAAAUCACACUAUGGAUGACGCACAAGCAGCCAACACGUUACAGGAUUUUUGGAUGGCCACAAACACUGCUCUAAAAGUGCAAUGGCAAGCACAACUAGAUGCCAACACAUUGGAAACAGCAGACCAACAAUGCUUACUCGACGAAGCUACCGAGCAGCAUCUCCUCACCCAAAAAGCACAUGAUGCCAUUCUCGCUGAGGAAGACAGGAAGAAAAAUUGUAUUCAUCUCAUUCCCAUCCCAGAUCAUUUAUGCCCCAAGUGGGCCACAGACGAAGUUCUUGUUGCUGAUUUCGCCUUAUGCAAACUUGACAAAGCACAAUUUGUGGAACUAUACUAUUGGACCAACAAAGGUCUCGCUGAUGCAAAGAUGAACUAUCGUACUUCGGAUGAUGACAGCAUGGUUGCAACGGCAGGCAUUGAUGGAUCCACUACCUGGAUCUCGGCCAGUGCCGCUCGCCCAGCCGCUGGAGUAAUUCCUGAUCACCUCUUAUCUUCACUUGAUUUCUCUCGUGCAGUGCCACACUUGAUUGCCUCCCUCAAACAAUGUGGUUGGCCUAACUCCCGAGUGAUUAUGUUAGCCAACUUCUUCAGCGCCUUAAUGUUACAUAAGUAC